AUGGCUUCUCAUCUAAAAGGUGUUGCAAAAUCAACUAUGACAGAUCAAAUACGCAAAGAGUUAUGUGAGUACAAAAGAGAUAAUACCAAUUGUACUCAAAAAGAGUUGCAAUUGUGGCUUCAAGAAAAAUUCCAUCUCCAAGUUAGUCAAGGUACAAUCUCAAACACACUCAAACGAUCAGCUGAAUAUCUUUCUACCAAUCUGGAAUCCAGAAAAGAUAUCAAACGACACAAACCAGCAAAAUAUCCAGAGAUGGAGAAAGUUAUUUUUUAGUGGUUUCUUCAAUACCAGGACCGUGUGAAUAUGACCGGAGAACUAAUUUUGGAGAAGGCUAAAGAAACAAUGAAACUUGUAUACCCUAAACAAGAUUCAGAGUACCAAUUUUCUCAAGGUUGGCUUGAAAAAUUCAAAUUACGACAUGGUAUCAAGUCGUUUUGUCGGUUUGGAGAAAGCGGUUCAGUUAAUGUUGGAGACAUGGAAAAGAAGCUGGAAGCUAUAAGAGAAAAGAUAGAUAAGUUUUCUAUGAAAGAUGUUUUUAAUAUGGAUGAGACUGGUUUGUUUUAUAGGUUACAAGCUGAUCAUUCUCUUGCUACAAAACAAGUUGAAGGCAAAAAACAAGACAAAGAAAGGUUAACGGUUGUUAUUUGCUGUAACAAGGAUGGGUCUGAAAAAAUUCCCUUAUGGAUUAUUGGAAAAUAUGCAAAGCCACGCUGCUUCAAGAAUGUCAACAUGAAUAGCUUGAAUUGUCAUUAUCCUGCCAACAAAAGAGCUUGGAUGACUAGUGUUAUUUUUGAAGAGUAUAUCUGUUGCUUUGAUCAGAGAAUGCAUGGUAGAAUAGUUUUGUUUGUGAUAGAUAAUUGCCCAGAACAUCCAAGAAAUAUUGAAGGAUUACAUAAUGUUGAGCUUUUUUUCUUGCCUCCAAACAUGACCUCAAAAAUUCAACCUUGUGAUGCUGGAAUAAUAAGGGCUUUUAAAAUGCAUUAUCGAAGAAGAUUUUACCGUGAGGUUUUAGAAGGUUAUGAGUUGGAACAACCUGAUCCAGCUAAGAUCAAUGUUUUGGAUGCUAUCAACUUUUCAGUCUCUGCUUGGACAGUUAAUGUUAGUCGAGAGACAAUAGCAAAUUGUUUUCGACAUUGUAAAAUCCGUUCGAGGGAUGUCAUAUCACAGAAUUUAGAAGAGGAAUCAGUUAGUGAAGAUGGUAUUCGUGAACUUGACGUGGUGAUUAGUAAUCUUGGUUAUCGAAAUAGAAUGGAUGUCAAUAGCCUACUUGACUAUCCAGGUGAAAAUGAUGCUUGCUCAGAAAUUCAUAGCUUAGAAGAGAUUGUGGCUUCUGUCCUUAAUGCUGAUGAAGAGGUUGAAGACGAUAAUGUGGAACCUUUGGAACUAGUUACACGUAAAGAAGAAAUUAUUGCGUCUAGAACUCUUCACAGCUUUUGGAUGCAAAUCGAGAAGACAACACUAGGAGUUUUUGAUGCAAUAAGGAAAAUUAGAGAUGAACUCCAACGAGAUUCCAACUUUAAGAAAAGACAAACAACACUAGAUUCAUAUUUAACUAAAUUAUCUUAG